CUUUUGCUCAUCAGUUUAGUCAUUUAUGUAGACCAUAAACCUUGGGGAUGCUGACAUUUGCUAUUGCUCGAUGAUGAUCAUCCUCCUUUGAUUACCUAGUGAGGUAAUAUGAGAGGACAUGGAAUAAUUUCACCGGCGAACUGAGAGCAAAUAGCAAGAACUGUACGGUGUCUCUUAAGGUUAAGGUUUUUUUUAAUGGGAUAACAGCUGGUUUCAGAUACCAUCAAUAGAAGCUUUUGGCUGAAGGGCCUCAGUUUAAUACCAAGGAAUAAUUGGGGAAAUGUUUUUUUCAAAGCACUUCUUGAGAAAUGGCUAUGGGAAGACAGUUGUUUCACCACUGUAGCCAGUAAAAGGGUUUUUAGGACAUCCCAGAGUCAAUAUGCAUUCUUAAAUAGUUUAGAAGAAUCUGCUUAAAGUGCCUUGAUGAAGAUGGGACAAGUCUUACCUGUUCAUGUGCUGAUGAAGAAUGGCAGUGUGGUACUUCGACAUUGCAUGUUAGAUGUGGAGUGUGCUGCCUUCACCUGAAGGAAGCAUGCUGACUGCUAACUUUUGCUGCUUUUUAUGCACUCAGCUUUUAUGAGCAAAUGCAUUUGUCUUGGAGCAGUGGGAUAUGUAUAUUAAACUGUAGACUGUUAUCAGCUUAUUUGGCUUGGGAGCUUCCACUGCAAUCUAAAAUAAAUGUUUGACUUGUAAGGUGGGCAUUUUCCAUUAGGCUUUAUGUUUGUAAGAGUUAAAUGAGAUGCAUUUUGGGGAUGAGAUGCUCUUUGGGGAUGGUAUUCCCAUCUGUUUUCCUCCUGAUGCGUGCUUUUGUGAGUUAUUUUAUACUUUACUGUGAAGACUGGAGUGGAUUUGCUGUAUCAUCCUGAUGGGAACAUUAUCAGCCAUGAGUAAGUGUUGGGUAGUUUUAAACUAAGUUUUAUGGGAGCUGUAUUUCUGGAGUUUUCCACUUCAUCUUGGUGAUUUCGAAGGUUGCUGUGCAGGCAAUAGCUGAUCAUGAGUGUCUGUUUGAAAUCUGUGUGGGCUGGGAAGAGCAGGAGGGCGUGAUUUCCUUCAUCUGCAUUCCCAGAAGUGAUGGAAAAUGAAACUGGGUUUGCGAGAGAAGAGAGCCUUUUUGGGUUUGCUGGGAUGUUUGGGAGGACAGACUGGCAAAGGCUUAACCUUGUCAUGUGUUUGUAGGUGCUGCCUUCUGGUUACUGCUGGGCUGCUAUGGAUUAGACCCACUUGCUGUGAUCAGCAGUUAGCUAUCCUGACAGCUGUGCCUACCCAGCAAAGCCAUGCAGCUUUGUGUGGCAGCUGCAGCUGCUUAUCCUAACAGACUUCUGUGAAUUUUAUUCUCUUCCACAAUGAUUUUGGAAAACUUCCUGGAGAAGGUUGCGAAGCUAUAGAUUUCUUUGAUAGUUGAGCUAGUGCAAUUUCAGUUUUGCAGACAAUUCAGACUUACCAUUCUGGAGCUGGUGGUCACAUUACCCUUGUACAACAGGUGGAGAGUGGAGUGCUCAUGGACCAGCACAAGCUGUUAUGCUCCUGUGUGGUGCUGUGCAUUCCAGGCAGCCUAAUUCAGAGGUGAGGGCUGAGGUGUGUCAGUCCUUACUGCCUUGAACUACUGCAGCUGGUUCCCUUCCUCCUCUGCUGAAUACUCAGAAGAGACACAGGAAAACCUGAGCUGUCACCUUCAUCUCGUGCAUCAUUCGUGCCAGGAUCUGAGCUUUCUUGGGGGCUUUGUAGGCAGUGUGAUGCAUGGUAAUGCUUUGUGUGAGUGGGAACGGUCAGUGAAAGGGCAGAAAGGACUGGGGAAGAGAAUCUGUGCCUGAGGAGCGAGGAAAAUGCAGACACCUCACAUUCCUGGGGGUAGGCAGGUAGGCAGCUGCCACAAGGGCAUACAAAUGAAUGCUUCUGUAGUCUUCCGGCUUAGUGAUAGAAGGAAAUGCUGACAUACGUUGUCUUGUCCUUGAUCCAGUCAGUGCCUCAGCAUCAUAAUCUGAAGGAUGGUAUCCUGCAUGGGUACUGUGUUGGGAUGGCCCCAGCUGGUCCAGAGGGUGCAGGGAGCUGUGUGAGCACACCUGUCAGAGGAUGUGAUCUUGGCUGUCCUGACACAGGUCCUCCUGUGGGCCUUUGCAGAAACCUUGAGGUGCGGAGGGCUCCUGUAAUUCGUGGUGUGUGAGGAAGGUGUGUGUGUUCAGCUGGGCUUGCCGUUUGUAUGGGAAGUGCCUUAUGAUUCAGGAGUGCUGCUGGUGUUCCCCACUGUGUGUUGGCACUCUGGGGCUGCAAAUUUGCCUUUAUAUGGGAAAAAGAUACCUAUACCUGUUUAAGAAUCAGGUUGCAGCUGGUAGAUUUCAUGCACUCAUAACUGUCCUGGCUCAAGCACUGUCUAGGGAUGCAGCUCCUGUGCUCAGCACCCGUACAGCUCAGGAACCCAGAAACUGCCAAGCUCUGGGUGAAGCUCCUGAUUCCAUUUUCUGCUGUCUGGCUUUGGGUGGUAGCUCUUGAGCUGUCAGUCACCAUUUUGCAGACUGCAAACUGCAUUUUGCAAACUGGCCAGCCACAGACCAAUGAGGAUUAGAAAUGGGAGGCAAAGCCACGCUCAAAUGUGGACUGGAAACUCAUGGGGGCACAAUGCACGCAUGCUAGCUCACAACAGAGGUUCUCAAUAGUGUUCCUGCACAUAGGGAAGCUUUGUGGCUGCUGCUCAUUGCCCCACAUCCUCAAGACAACAUCAAGACAACAUCCUCAAGGUCCCCUGCCAGCCAAGCCCAGAGCUUGUAGCUGCCAUUCCCGGAGGUGCUCAAGACCAGAAGUCCUUGGGGCGGGAACACAACUUGGGCUGAAUGGUCUUUGUAUGAAAGGCCUUACAGAGACUGUAGGGUUGGCAGUAUGGGACAACUUGUGCAGAGCAGUACAGACUGGUGCUGCCAAGUAGGGUUUGCAGCUGAGAAGGAGAUUCCUUGGAAUGGCUUUGAAGCCCCUAUGUCCAAAGGGGGGCUUACUCUGUGGUCAUUGCUGAUCUGAGCUGCCAUGUGAACAAGCUGAGCCCAAAUGGCUUCGGCCAUGGCAAGGAGUUGCUUCAUGGUGUGUUCUGCCUUGGUUUGUGCAGUCACAUCAGUGUGUGACUGUCACCCCUUGUCCUUUGGGGUGUGGGCAUCGGGCAGGACACCCUGAGCUCUGCAACUGGCCAGGAGCAAGAGGAGCUCAAGUUAUGGGGAUGAUGUUUAGUGCUGCUGCUCUCACAGCUCAGCACCUGGCAAUCUUCUGCUUGGAAUGGACUCAUUUUAAUGCUGUUCUUUCAAGGGCAUGCUGGAUGUACCCUGAUAGCUCUUUUAUAAAGAAGUGUUUAAAAAUAGGCUGUGUUUGCAGCGUGCACAAGGCCAGAGACAAGUGGUGGUGCAUGACAAUGGGAGCAGAUGACAAUAGCAUGAACCUCUGGAAACCAAAAGCUUUUAGUGAUAGAGGAGAAACCUUGUUUAUGAAAGGGAAACUGCAUGAUGGGGAGUGUUGAUGGAGAGAUUUCAGAAGCAAUCUGGGCUAAAAAUGGCCUUGAUGCUCCUGUAGAGGUUCUUGGACACUGGAGUAAUACAAACAAUAACAAACUUCGACAGACUGCUUUAACUGAUGAUGUUAACUGCUGGGAAUCACACGUAGCCCUUCAGUACAGAACAGUGGUGUUGUUACCAGGUGGAGUUUCUGAGCCACAAAGGGAGAAUUUAAAUGGGCUAGAGUGUGGGUUUUUGGGGGCCAGUUGGUGCUGUGGGGUGCAGGGAGCCCGCCCCAUUCUCAUCCCAAUGGUGCCAGGGGUUGGCUUAUCUUGGGAGCGCCUCUGUGAUGGCAGAACAGGGUGGGUGGUGUUGCUCUGGCAGCCUUCUCCUGAGCUCUUGAGUCACUGGAAGUUCCCAAAAAAGUGCUGAGCAGACAUGGCAUCUGGGCACUUGCUUGGGCUUAGGGAGAAUGUAGAAGGGAGGAUGAGAGAAAGUCAAGAACAGUGUGAUUUGUAGUUGUGUACGUUGUGCUCUCGGAGGGAGGAAGGUGACAGCAGUGCCUGGCAUGUGAAGAAGUGCCAUCCUCUGUGCUUUUUCCUGCUGGCUUGUGUUAUCUCUCUGACAGCAAUAAAAAUGGAGCAUCCCUUGAAUGAACUAUUCAACUUGUCAAGACUUCUAUCCUUGCAAAGCGUCGUGUUGGAGGGGUGGUGUUGGGGAUACCAAGGCAAUGGUUCACACAGGGAUUUGAGCUGUUAGUGGAUUCGAAGCUCCUUUACUUGUUGGGCUGUGACCUCAGGCCUGGCGUGGAUCAACUUUCCUCAGAAACUUUAUUUCCCUUCAGAAAAGCAGAAAGCUUAUUUCAAACCCCAGGGUCAAGUGGAGUGUUUGAAGCUUGAUGGUUGGUGAUCUGCAAGGCUGGGGCUUCAGGCUUUGGGAUUUUGACACCGGAGGGAUGCAUCCAGAUGCAUAACUGAGAUAAAAGACUAAAUCGUUUCCCUUGUAAUGACUCGAGAGCCCAGCUGCGGAGGUGACACAUAAUGCAGGACCUGUGGGAACCAGGAGCUGAGCUCGAUGAUCCUUGUAAAUCCCUUCCAACUCAAGAUAUUCUAUGAUUCUGUGAUUCCGUCACCACUUGGGCUGGAGCCACACCCUACAAACCCACCGAGACCCCAAAGCCGCUCCGGGCCGCAUCGCUGCCCAGGCUUCCCCAGCAUCCUUGGGGUCCCACCGGGCGCUACGGGGACGGGCGGACGCAGAUCCCGGUUUGCGAUUCGGGAGCGCUCGGCGCGGGGUGCCGCGGGGAGGCGGUGGGCGGUGCGGUGCUGCCGGGGGCGGCUGCGGGGCGGUGCCGGCGGUGCCUUUAAAAGCGGGCGGCGGGGGCCGAGACGGGCGCUGCCGAGCUGAGCGGGGACGAGCCGGGCCCCAUGCGCCUGCCGGGCAUGUCCCAGCCCUUCCUGCUGGCUCCCAUCGCCGAGUGUUCCCCGGGGCCGCCCGGCGCCGAGCUGCGGCUGGCAGUGCUGGGGGCCCGCGGCGUCGGCAAGAGCGCGCUGAUCGUGCGGUUCCUGACCAAGCGCUUCAUCGGGGACUACGAGCCCAACACGGGCAGCCUGUACUCUCGCCUGGUGCGGCUGGACGGGGAGCAGGUGGCUGUGCACAUCCAGGACACGCCGGGCUGCCUCCAGGUACAGGAGGACUGUGUGCAGGCACCGGACGCGCUGUUGAGGUGCAUGAAGUGGGCAGAGGGCUUUCUUGUGGUCUACUCCAUCACGGACCCCGGCAGCUACCAGGCGGUCCGUCCCCUCCACCAGCACAUCCGUCAGCUCCACCCCGACGCCCGAAUCCCCAUCGUCGUGGUGGGGAACAAAGCGGACCUCCUCCACGCCAGGCAGGUGCAGGCCAAAGAGGGGCUGCAGUUGGCCAACGAACUGGGCAGCCUCUUCCUUGAGAUCUCCACCAGCGAGAGCUUGCAGGGCGUCUGCGAGGUGUUCCAGUACCUGUGCCGGGAGGUCAGCAAGCUGCAGCACGCCGAGCGCCGCCGCCCGACCGUCAUCCCGCGGCCGCGCUCCCCCAACAUGCAGGACCUGAAGAGACGCUUCAAGCAGGCGCUGUCGCCCAGAGUCAAAUAGAGCUGCUGCCGGGGGCCUAGGGGGGAUGCCACAGACUUUAUAUUUUUGUAAGCUAGUGAAUAAAUAAUAAAAAAAAUCUUUAUUUUUGCACUAAUGCCAA